AUGGAACAAUUUCUCCGAUCUGCGCUGAGCAUCAGCCCGCGGGCACUCGGCCGAUUAGCCUACACGGGCGCAGGCGUGUUCUGCGCCUGCACCUGGGUAUGGGAGCAUCUGGUGACCAUACAAUCCAGCGAGGGACCUUCGAUGUAUCCGACUUUCAAUCCGCGGGGCGACUGGCUUUUGAUUGCACGACGACAUGCAAAUGGCAAGGGCAUCCAAGUCGGAGAUGUGGUGCGAUUUAACCACCCGAAUAUGCUCGGCGCGCAUGCUGCGAAGAGGGUGCUUGGAUUGCCCGGGGACUUUGUCUGUCGGGAUCCGCCCUAUAGUACUGGGGCUGGGACGCAGCCGGAUAUGAUACAGGUACCCGAAGGACAUGUGUUCCUAGUCGGCGAUAAUCUUCCCUGGUCGAGGGACUCGAGAAACUUCGGACCAGUCCCAUUGGGGUUGAUUAACGGAAAGAUCGUCGCGCGAGUCUGGCCGCCAUCGAAGAUGGAAUGGGUGCGCAAUACCAUGCAACCGGUGGAAUCGGACUAG